GACUCGUACAGCCUGGACUCGGGACCAUACCGGCCGCGGGCGGCUGACGGGACGGAGCCUCGUAGGCCCAGAGUGCCCGGAGUAGCAGCAAGGGGGAGGGCUCGGGGUGCGAGUACGCUACUGGAGAGCUGUUGGAGCAAAAACUGUGGUGGGAGUUAGUGUGGGUGUGUGAUUGUGAUGCCAUGAGUAAUUGUGAGGGAGUGAUUAUGAUGUGGAUGUUUGUGUAACGGUGAUGUCUUUGGUUGUGACUGUGGUGAAGUGUGUGAUACGUAUGUGAUUGUGAUUAAGGGUGUUGUGUAGUGAGUGUGAGCGUGGCGAAGUGUGCGUGUUUGUGAUAAAUAUAAUGGUUCUUUUCUUACUUGAAUUGACUUCUCUGUAGCAUUUGGUAUAGGAGGUAACCGCUUUAAAAAAAUUCUAUUUUUUAGUGAUUCUUCUUCUUUUUUGCCCACCCCUCCUUAGUCUCCUUUGCUGCUUUUUUCCCCCCCAACAGUCCUUGGCCCUGUUCUGUAGCUUUCCACUUUUCCUUGGUGAUCUUCUUCAGGUCCAUUAUUAUUUUAUGGCUUGCUUCCUUUAUUUUGUGUAUUAGUUAGCUAUUGCCAUGAUAAUAAUGAUGUUUAACAAAUCUCCCCUAAACUUAGUGGCAUACAAGGGCAAGUAUUUAUUAUGUUCAUAGGUUUGCAGGUUCCCUGUGUUCAACUGUUCUAGGCUGGACUUGGCUGAGUGGUUGGGCUGCAGGAUGAGUUCAGAUCUGCUUGGCAUGUGUUCUUUCUGGGGCUCAGGCCAAAACGACAGUAAUUACCAGGGCAUGUUCUUAUAAUGGAUCAACAGAGCACAGGACAGAUCAUGCAAACACCCUUAAAACCUCUGCUUCCAAAUGGACUAAUAUUACAUUAACCAAAACAAGUCGCAUGGCUAAGUUAAUAUCAAUUAUACCCACAGGUGGAGGGCAAGGCAAAGUUACCUGGCAAUGAGUGUUAAUGUAUUAGUAUAAUUCUAUUAGAGUGGGGUGAGGAAUUGGGACCAAAAUUGCAAUCUGCCACACUAAGAAACAUGCCUCUUUAUCCUGGUGAGUGCCUUUUAGUCCAAGUUCUCUUUUGUCUGAUAAUAUUGCUUUUCAGGUUUUGUUACUGUAUUUGUCAAUAAUUUAAUUUUGUAACCACUUAACUAUGUCCUUAUGUUUCAGAUCUGUUUCUUAUAAAGGAGCAUAUUCCUGGGCUUUUUACCCUUUUAUCCUGCUUGACUUAUUUUAAUAGGUCCUGGCUCCACAAGGAUAAAACAGAUCUAUGGUUUGAGUAGAAAGAAGCCUGAGGAACAGAAUCAUGGAAGGAGACCUUCUGACCUGAGACCUGCCUCCGAGGCUGGAGAGUACUGGGAAGGAGUGGAUCCUGGAGUUGCUCCACCUACAGUUUAUCUUGACGCUUCUAUCCAGAGCGGGGAAGGUGUGAAUGACUUCUCAACCUUCAGAGAUCAGCAAUAGCGAUGUGACAAUGGAGCAUUUGACCCAGAUGUUGGAAAGGAGAGGUUGGUGUUCUCAGGACUCUGCCCUUUCUGAGGAAGAAGAGGAUACAACCAGAUCUCUUGUGACAGUGACAUUUAAAGACGUGGCUGUGGACCUCACCCAAGAGGAAUGGCAGCAAAUGAAACCUGCUCAGAGGAACUUGUACCGGGAUGUGAUGCUGGAGAACUAUAGCAACCUAGUCACAGUGGGCUGUCAAGUCACCAAACCGGAUGUGAUAUCUAAAUUGGAGCAAGAAGAGGAGCCAUGGGUGAUGGAGGAAGAAAUGUUUGGGAGGCACUGUCCAGAAGUUUGGGAAGUUGAUGAACAGAUCAAGAAGCAACAGGAAACACUUGUGAGAAAAUUCACACCCAUCUCCAAGAAAACUCUGAUUAAAGAAAAAGUUAUUGAAUGUAAAAAAGUUGCAAAAAUAUUUCCUCUGAGCUCAGACAUUGUUACUUCGAGACAAAGCUUCUAUGAAUGUGACUCAUUUGAUAAUAGUUUGGAACAUAAUUUAGGCUUAAAUAGUUAUGAGAAAGACUGUAUAAGAGAGAAAAAUUAUGAAUGUAAUGAGUAUGGGAAACCAUUUUACUGUUGUUCAUCCUAUGUUGUAUCUUCCUUUAAAUGUAAUCAGUGUGGACAAGACUUCAGUCAUAAAUUUGACCUCAUGAGACAUGAGAGAAUUCAUGCUGGAGAGAAACUUUAUGAAUGUAAGGAAUGUGGAAAAGCCUUUAGCAGGAAGGAAAAUCUUAUUACACAUCAGAAAAUUCAUACUGGGGAAAAACCAUAUAAAUGUAAUGAAUGUGGGAAAGCUUUCAUUCAGAUGUCAAAUCUUAUUAGACACCAGAGAAUUCAUACUGGGGAGAAACCUUAUGCAUGUAAGGAUUGUUGGAAAGCCUUCAGCCAGAAAUCAAAUCUUAUUGAACAUGAGAGAAUUCACACUGGAGAAAAACCCUAUGAAUGUAAGGAAUGUGGGAAGUCCUUCAGCCAGAAGCAAAAUCUUAUUGAGCAUGAGAAAAUUCAUACUGGGGAGAAACCUUAUGCAUGUAAUGAAUGUGGUAGAGCUUUUUCUCGAAUGUCAUCUGUUACUCUACAUAUGAGAAGUCACACAGGGGAGAAACCCUAUAAAUGUAAUAAAUGUGGAAAAGCUUUCUCUCAAUGCUCUGUAUUUAUUAUACAUAUGAGAAGUCAUACUGGUGAGAAACCCUAUGUAUGUAGUGAAUGUGGGAAAGCUUUCUCUCAAAGUUCAUCUCUUACUGUACAUAUGAGAAAUCAUACAUCUGAGAAACCAUAUGAAUGUAAUGAAUGUGGAAAAGCCUUCAGCCGGAAAGAAAAUCUUAUUACACAUCAGAAAAUUCAUACUGGAGAGAAACCUUAUGAAUGCAAUGACUGUGGGAAAGCCUUUAUUCAGAUGUCAAACCUCAUUCGACACCAAAGAAUUCAUACCGGUGAGAAACCCUAUGCAUGUACAGGGUGUGGGAAAGCCUUUAGUCAGAAAUCAAAUCUCACUGAACAUGAGAAAAUUCAUACUGGAGAGAAGCCCUAUCAUUGUAAUCAGUGUGGGAAAGCUUUCAGUCAGAGACAAAAUCUUCUAGAGCAUGAAAAAAUUCACACUGGAGAGAAACCAUUUAAAUGUAAUGAAUGUGGUAAAGCUUUCUCUCGAAUCUCAUCUCUUACUCUUCAUGUGAGAAGUCAUACGGGGGAGAAACCUUAUGAAUGUAAUAAAUGUGGAAAAGCUUUUUCUCAAUGUUCAUUACUUAUUAUACAUAUGAGAAGUCAUACUGGUGAGAAACCCUUUGAAUGUAAUGAAUGUGGGAAAGCAUUCUCUCAAAGAGCAUCCCUUUCUAUACAUAAGAGAGGUCAUACAGGUGAGAAACACCGAGUGUACUAAGUGAAGGAAGGCCUUCUCUUAAAUUCAAUAUAUGUUUUACUUAAAAUAUCUUGGUGUAAGCUCAAAAAAAUGAACAAGAUCUUUAUGGAAAAAUUAUAAUACUUUGUUGAAGGUUGUAAGACUUCAAUAAAUGGAGAAAAAUACCAUAUAAAUAGUUAAAGAAGCUCAGAAUCAUAAAAAUCUCCAUUCUAAAAAUCUGUAGAGUGAAGUUCAAAACAAAAUCUAAAAAUAAUUUUCUAGGAUCUUUACAAAAUGAUUCUAAACUUUAUGUGAAAUAGAAGUCUAUGGAUUGCUGAGACAAUUUUGAGAAAGGGCAGAGGAGAGACCUUCACCAUAUACUACACAUAUAAAGUUAUAGUCAUUAAAAACGUGGAUGGUAUAAGUGUAUCAGUAGCUACAUAAGCAGAUUUUAAAGAAUAGAGUGUCUAGAAACAGACCUGUCAACUUGGUGUAUAUUAGACCUGACAUCAUGAGUUAGUAGGGAAAUGAUGACAUGACCUAGUCAGUAAAAAUUGUUGGUGUAUUUGACUCUCCAUGCUGAGAAAAAUAAAAUAAAAUUACAUACAACCUUACAACAUGUAAAGAAAUAGUAUUCUAAUGGAGUUGAAUACCACAAUGUGAAAAGCCAAACUCUGAAAAUAGAGGGUAUUGUUUGUGACCUUGAGGCAAGGAAGCAUUUUUUUUUAAAGACAAAAAGACCUUACAAUUCCACUUCUGAAUAUAUAUUCUAUAGAAACUCAAAAAU